AUGUCCCAAGAGUUACAACAACUCAUAUUAGAUACUCUAGAAAAAGACGGGGAAAUCAAGGAUACACGCACUAUAAUUAUUCCCGGGGAAUCGCGACCUGCAUCUACACAGGAUGCGCAGCUUGUCAUACAAGGGGCUCUAAACUCGUUGCUGAGUCGUGAGAUGAUCACUUACACGACUCAAGACUUCAUGACAUAUGAUCUCACACCCGAAGGAUUGCAACUGGCUGAGGAAGGGUCGCACGAAGCACGCGUGUGGGCUGCUCUGCCUUUGACCGGUCAGGGGAAAGGAUUGACCGUGAAACAACUGCAAGGAUCUGUUGGAGCAGAAAGCGCAAAGAUCGGACAAGGUCGCGCAUUCAAGGCAGGGUGGAUCGGCAAGGAGGGAGACACCUUAGUCAAAAUCGUCACUUCGAUUGUGGAUGCUACCUCGGAAGAGCUGAAGGAAAUCAAGGCUACUGGCACUCUUAAAGCGGGAGAGAAAUCCAUAAGUGAGCUGAAGAAGCGGAAGCUUAUUCUGCAGCGGAAGCUAUUGUGGUUUACUGUCAACAGGGGCCCAAAUUUCAGCACAUCGACAGAAAAGCCUGAAACAGAUUUGACUUUCGAGAUGCUAGCAACAGGCGCGUGGAAGACAGCUACUUUCAAAAAGUACAACUUCGAAGCAGAAGGAAUGCCAACAAACGGUGGUGCGUUGCACCCUCUACUCAAAGUUCGAGAAGAGUUUAGGAACAUUUUUCUGGAGAUGGGUUUCGCGGAAAUGGCCACAUCCCAGUUCGUCGAUUCAGGUUUCUGGAAUUUCGAUACACUUUUUGUUCCCCAACAACAUCCGGCUCGCGAAUUGCAAGAUACCUUCUACUUAUCUGACCCUGUUGAAUCCCUUCCCCCAGUCAGUGACUAUUAUGAGCGAGUCCGGAAGGUGCACGUUGAGGGUGACGGCAGGUCAAUAGGAUACCGUGCGCCCUGGCAACCCACGGAAUCCAGGCGGCUACUUCUACGAACACACACGACAGCCACAAGUUCGCGACUUUUGCAUCAACUUGCCAACCGAAAGGGCGGUUUCCAACCUGUGAAGAUGUUCAGCAUAGAUCGUGUGUUCCGCAACGAAGCGGUGGAUGCCACCCAUUUGGCAGAGUUCCAUCAAGUUGAGGGCGUUGUUGCUGACGUUGGUCUGACGCUGGGUGAUUUGAUAGGUUUUAUGCAGACCUUUUUCUCCAAGAUGGGAAUCAGAAAUCUGCGGUUCAAGCCGGCAUACAACCCCUAUACGGAGCCAUCACUGGAGAUCUUCGCUUUCCAUCCGCAAUUGAACAAGUGGGUUGAAAUAGGCAACAGUGGCAUGUUCAGACCCGAAAUGCUAGAACCAAUGGGGCUUCCCCCAGACGUGCGGGCGCUGGGUUGGGGACUAAGUUUGGAAAGACCCACCAUGAUCAGGCAUGUAUACGGGAUUAAUAAUAUCCGGACACUUGUGGGACAUAAAGUAUCGAUUGAGAGCGUGGAGAGGGCACCUGCGGUGCGCUUCUGA